AUUCGCAGCGCCCUCACCGGUGAUGUAUAGAAGUCGAAAGUAGAAAUCUUGAAUUGUAACUGAGAUAACAACAUGAACAAUGGAAGCGUCAUCUAAAGCUUCUGGCUCCAGUUUACCACCACCAUUCUCACUCUCAUCUGUACCACAAACGCGAAAAAGAAAAGCAUCAAGCAAAAGCCCUCUAAGUAAUGAAAGCGACGAAAGUUCCAGUUCUAGCUCGACUAGCUCCAGCUCCACCAUGUCCACUUCCCUACUGAAACUUGGGAGUUAUGAUGGAGAUCAAGUUUCAAACUGGAAUACUCUUCAGUUAGAAUCGUUUGGAAUCUUUUAUGAUGUAAAAGCAACAGAAUUGUCUGAGUUAUAUAAAUCAGCCCAGGAAAAGAUGUGUUCGUCAGCAGUAAACAAUGCCACGUUUUGGACUAAACUUGUUAAGAUAAAGGAAAUUCUGAUUGAAUCAACGAAGAAAUGCUUGCAUAUCUUAGAUGUUGAUGAAGAAUUUGACAUGGAAGACUUGGAUUGGGCGGAUGUUAAAGAAGAAUCCCAAAAAUGUGGGCAAGCAAUAGCAAAAGUUAGAGAGGAAAUGUCAUUGAAAAUUGGAUCAUUGGAUAAUCUAUCCCGGGACCUUUAUAGCAUUUGGUUUACUGGGAUUUCAGAAUAUAUUCAGUAUUAUUCUGACCUAAUAAAAGAAUUAAAUUCUUCAAGAAGAAAUGGAGUGGAAGGGGAAUUCCGUCAGCUUCUAACAUUCUUCAGCAAGAUAUUCCUGAUGAGCCCUAGGACAGGAGAUGCUUUGCAAAAAGUGCAAAUGAGGCUUUGUGGAAAAGAAACUACUAGUGUUCCAGAUCUAAGAUACAUCUUGCAGGGAGAUUUUUUUGAUGAAUCAGAAAAAACAGUAUCUCUUGUGACAGUAGAUACUAGAGAGUUGAAGACAUGGUCGCUUGCAGAUGAUGAAAAAACUACCACUGAUUUUAAUAUCAGAAACUUGAAGUUUUCAGGGCAAUCUGUAGAGAGGUUAUUAGGACAGCAUGGGGGAGAGCUUUUAGUGGAAUCUAUGAAGUCUGUUUUAAGGUCUACAAAUUUAGGAAUAAUUUGUAUUAAGACCAUGAUCAUUUUCACACGUUUGGAAUGGGCCAAAGGGCAUUAUAAAUGCUUGUUAAAGGGUACAAAGGCGGAAGAGAAGAGAAGUAACAUUCAUUACUCAAAGCCUUACAACUUUUUGGUUAGAAAAGAUCGAGAAGAAAUUUUGGAUACAAUGUUUAAUCUUGGUUUGCUCUGCAGAGUUAGAAGUUUGCUUGCAUAUCAGGAACAGUAACAUCAACAUUUUGCCUUUUGAGUUACUAAGGUUUAUCAUCCCUCUGUUCCCACAUAUAUGUUUGCUUUAACACUUAUGAUUUUCCUAAAGAAAUCUAAUUUAUGUAGUCAGAAAAUAAAGCUUUCCCAUUUGUUAGAUUUUCAACAUAUGUACUUCUGCAUUCAAAAGAGUUUUUGCUUGACAAAAAUAUUCCGUUGUAAUUACUUUGAAGCUGAAUGGUAAAUUGACUGGACUAUAGCAUGUACAUACUACGAGUAAAAGAUAAUAAAUGACAUGUCACAUGA